AUGCGCAACGCACAGACUGCACGUUUGGCAGAGCACUACACCAGCAGCGGCAGCCAAAACGGGUCUGGCCGUCAGGCGCCGCCUGUGAUGAUUGAGUACAUCCUUGUUCCGGGAGCGAACCACACGGACGCCAUUAUCGAGGAAUGUCUCUGUGCGAAGGCUAGUCAUCUUGUUGAAUUCUUAUGUUACUACUCUACCAAUGAAGGGAGGCGUGUGCAGCAAUCUGACACCCCUACCGAUUCCGUGAAUGCAGAAACGUCCCUGGAAGAUGAUGAUGGCCAGAUUGUGCCGUCAAAGCACCCCGACGGGACGCUGUGGACCCCUGCACCGCACAACAAGCGGCCGCUUCUGAUACGACUGGGCAGCUAUGUUUGUCCAUUCUGA